UACGAGCAAAAUAGAAAUUCUAGUAGUUCUACAGAUCUUAGAAACCCUAAUUAUUAUAUUCUGUAAAGAUGGCGACUGAAGAGCCGGUUGUAGCAAUCGAGCCUGUGAAUGAACCGAUGGUCGUAGCUGAACCUGCGACGGAAGAAAAUCCACCGGCGGAGACUGAUGAACCAAAGAAAGAGAAGGAGAUCAAGGCGAAAAAAUCAUCUGCUCCGAGGAAGAGAAAUCCUCCGACUCAUCCUUCCUACUUUGAGAUGAUUAAGGAAGCGAUUGUAACAUUGAAGGAUAAAACUGGAUCGAGUCAGUAUGCGAUCACAAAGUUCAUUGAAGAUAAGCAGAAAAAUCUUCCAUCAAAUUUCAGGAAAAUGUUGCUUGCUCAAUUGAAGAAGCUUGUGGCUUCUGGUAAACUUGUCAAGGUGAAGAGCUCCUACAAGCUUCCAGCUCCAAAGGCAGCUGCUCCUGCUCUUGCUAAGAAAAAGUCCAUAGCUAAGCCAAAAGCAGCACAGGCAAAGAAGGCCACCAAGGCAAAGCCGAAGCCAAAACCAAAGGUUGCUGCUCCAAAGGCCAAAACUGCUACCAAAUCAAAAGCUAAGCCAAAGCCUGUUGUUGCUGCCAAAGCUAAACCAGCUGCAAAGCCUAAGGCAGUUGUAGCAAAGCCGAAAGCAGCUGUAAAGCCUAAAGCCCCUGUAAAAGCUAAGGCUGCUGUAAAGCCAAAAGCGGCUAAUGAGAAGCCAGCUAAGGUAGCAAGGACAUCUACUAGGUCGACUCCGUCGAGGAAAGCUGCACCGAAGCCAGCUGUGAAAAAGGCACCGGUGAAGAGUGUGAAAUCUAAGACCGUGAAGUCGCCGGCGAAGAAAGCAUCCGCCAGGAAGGCAAAGAAGUGAUCGAAUGUAGGAGGAAGGGUAGCAUUGUAAAUUUCUUGGAUCUUUGUGGGUGGUUUGUAUCUGCGGCCCAAUAUAGAAAAUAGUAUUUUAAAUUCCAGUUGUAAUUUUCGUUUUUUUUAUUUUAUAUAAUAAUCCAUUUUAGUUGAGUUUAUGCUCUAA